AUGCCACUUGGUGAUAUUGAUGAGAAUCGAACUGUGGAUGGUGUGCGCCAUCUUGGCUUUCUUGGAUCUGGAAAGAUGUCCCAAGCCAUCGUUAAAGGCCUUCUUACUAGUGGUCUAAUUAAAGGAACUCAAGUUACAAUGACUGAUAAAGUGAUCCCAGGUCAAGUGACUUUUGGAGUUGAAUAUCUGACUGAGAACCCUCCCAUGGCUGCAAAAAGUGACGUUAUUUUCGUUUGUGUGAAACCUAACCUCGUUCAGAGUGUGUUACGUGAAUGUUUUCACGACAUCGGCAAUAAGCUAGUCAUCUCAAUCGCUGCUGGUGUUACAAUUGAAGAUUUGGAAGAAGUCCUUCCUCAAGGUACUCGCGUCAUCCGUGUAAUGCCCAAUAUGCCGUGCCUGGUGCAAGAAGGAGCUGGCAUUUUGACUCGCGGCCACUGUGCAACUGAUGCGGACGUUCAGGUCACAAAAAGUCUCCUCUCCGUUAUUAUCCCCGUCCUGGAGGAAAUUCCUCAAUACCAAUUCAACGCCGCCACUGCCCUAUCCGGCUGUGGACCAGCCUAUAUUUGCAUGGUAAUUGAAAGCCUUGCUGAUGGUGCUGUUCGACUUGGCUUGACUCGCGACAUGGCUCAUCGGUUAGCUGUGCAGACGGUCCUUGGGACGGCCAAGCUUGUUCGUGAUUCUGGCGUCCACCCUGCUAAACUUAGGGACGAAGUGUGUUCUCCAGGCGGGAGCACAAUCGCUGGCACCUUUGCCCUCGAGAAGAACGGCAUCCGUGCGGCGUUCAGUGCUUGUGUCGAGGCCGCCAAAGUCCGCAACGAUGAGCUGGCUCCUUCGAAACACCCACUGUGGGUUGCUCAACUGCACAGGCCUUUUUUACAAAUCCAUGAUUGCGGAAAGUACUUCCAUAAGUGGGGCAAUGAGUUCGGUCUAACCGCACCCUCUUCGUUGAAGACGCAUCACGGUGCCAUGGAAGACAUCAAGCUGAAACAAGCUAUCGUCGGGGAUCGGCAUUUUGGAUUCCUGGGGGCUGGGAAGAUGUCCCAAGCCAUUAUCAAGGGCCUUCUUACCUCAGGCCUCCUCAAAGGUUCCCAAGUCACAAUGACUGAUAUAGUGACUCCUGCUCAACCUCAGUUCUACAAACACAUCGAAAAUUUGCACAAGGAAUUCGGUGUUGAAUACCUCCUGGAGAACCCACCAAUGGCCAAGAAGAGCGACGUCAUAUUUGUCUGUGUAAAGCCAAACCUCGUAGAUACUGUGCUACGUGAAUGCAAGGAUGUAAUUAAAGACAAACUCGUCAUUUCAAUCGCCGCAGGAGUCACCAUAGGGGAUCUUGAGGCCGCCCUUCCAUCAGGAACUCACGUGAUUCGGGUGAUGCCCAACACUCCCUGCUUGGUGCAACAAGGCGCCGGUAUCUUCUCCCGCGGAACUAACGCCACGGAAGCUGAUGUAACCCUGCUGAGGGCUGUUACCUCUGUUAUCUUCCCAGUCAUGGAAGAGAUCUCUGAAGCACAAUUCAAUGCUGCCACUGCGCUUUCUGGAAGUGGCCCAGCCUAUGCAAGUUGUGGUUCUUUGUACUUUACUCAUACGUGUGAAGGUAUCCUCAUGGUCAUCGAAGGGAUGGCUGAUGGCGGUGUUCGUCUUGGCUUGACGCGCGACAUGGCCCAACGACUGGCCAUCCAGACCGUCCUCGGAACGGCCGUUCUCGCCCGCCAAUGCGCUGUUCAUCCAGCUCAGCUCCGGGAGGAGGUCUGCUCACCAGGUGGAAGUACGAUUGCGGGUACACACGUCCUUGAGAAAGCCGCGGUUCGUGCUGCCUUCAGUGAUUGCAUUGAAGCUGCCAAAAUCCGCAACGACCAACUCGCUCCACCAAAGAAGUAG